UGUUGCAAGUGUUGCAGUGAAGACGUCCUUGGGGCCUUAAUCAGCUCCUCAGCCUCUGUUUGAACCACAGUUAUUAAACAUUCAUGCGUUUUGUUCAUAAGUAUGUAAACGUGGGAAGAUGAGCUGAAUCCGUUCAUUUAUUUUCCUUAUUAAAAGACUGACUCAUGUAAAUGUGCUGAUAUUGUAUUUGUGUGCAAUUAUAAGUGACAGCCAGCUGCUGCUGCAUUAUCGACUUUAUUAAACACAUAUUAACAGAGUUAAUGUUAUUGCACCAAUAAAAACAGACUUUGUUUGUCACGAGCUGCUGCUGCUGUCGUUUUUCUCUUUUCAACAUCAUCUCUGCUGCUCCGACCCGAGCCAGCGCUGCUGUUAUUGUGAUUAUCCGCAUCAUGUGAUCAGCAGGCCGGGCAUGAAAGGAGGCCUUUUAUACGAGCUGUGAGCAGUUCUCAGAGGCUGGUAUGCAGGCUACAUCUGAUCCUCUUCAGCUCGCUGGAGGAACAGAAGACACUUCACUGCUGGGUCAUGGAUCAUCAACCAUCAGGCCAACAAAGCCAUGCAGCACAUUUCCAGUGGCUUUCCUUUGCGUACCAGAGCCUCACAGAGAUCCCUUAUGAAACCAUCCUGACACAGACAGACAGCCUGCAGGUGCUGGACCUGAGCUACAACCUGCUGGACGAGAACCCGGCUCUGCUGGGCCGCCUGGAGAAGCUCAGCACUCUGAUCCUGGACUGCAACAACUACACGUCUCAUGUCAAGUUCCCCUACAUGCCAAGCGUCACCACAGUGUGCAUCAACAAGAACAAGAUCAACAACCUGCCUGUGUUUGUGGAGGAGAUCUGGAGAAAGUUCCCCAACAUCAAGAUCCUUAGCAUGAUGAACAACGAGGCAGCACCCAGCUACUUCAAUGGAGGCAGUCUGACCCAGCACACAGACUACAGACUCUAUGUGAUCAGUCAGCUUCCAGGUCUGGAGAUUCUGGAUGACACGGAGGUCCUGGAGAAGGAGAGAGCCCAGGCUCGGAAAACCUACCGGCUACAGCAGAGCGGUCACAGCAGCAGAAAACGGAGAGAGGACUCAUCCAAGAAGCACACUCGCAUUCAGAAAAAGCCCAGCAGCAUCAUGAAAUAAAGACUGUGUCGCCCGUGUUCAUGUUAUAAUUGUGCGUUCUUUGUCUGCUUGUAUUAACAUUCAUCUAAAGCUGUGGUUUGUGGUCAUGUAUGUCUGCUGGGCUUCAUCUGAAAAACAAUCAAUAAUUAACAGGAAGUGCAGCGAGUAGCUCUGAAUGCAGAGCACCUGUUUUACUGAAUGAAUAAUAAAGCAGCCAGAGCCUCUUAUCACCUGUAAUGUUUCCAUCAUCAGCUUUCACACAGGUGCUCUCACAUGUUCCUCCAUCUGCUGACAGAAACGUGUUCCUUUUGUUUUUGAGCAGUGCAUCAAAAUCCUCGUGUGCAAUAAAACGCAUCAUAAGUUUAAUGACGUGCAUUUUUUAACAACACUAAAUCGACUUUGUCUGCUCGGUCACCAGCGUCAGAGCUGCAGCAGGCAGGACUCCGAAUGACUCCAAUCAUGAUGUUUGUGAUUGUGGAGAUCAGAACACUCUCAGAUCAAUGUUGUUCUGCAUACUGAUCUCAGUCUCUUUGCAUCAGACACAGGAAGAGGGAGUGAAGUUGUGUCUGCAUGUGUUACAGUCGGUAUUUUCAGCAGGAGGCACCACUGUCAAACUCACACGUCUGGUAGUUUCCCAGAGAAAAGAACGACACCAAACGUUAAUUGAAUCAACAAACCUUGAACUUUUCUUCGCUGUGUGAAGCACAGCCUGUGUUUCUUUAGAAAAUCGAACCAUCUGAUUGGCUCACCCUGCACUCACACACGCCGGCCUCCUACUGCGAGCUCUGUUUGGUCAGAAACCCGACUCUUCAUGGUCGAUGCUUUGCAGUGAGACCUUUGUUUCACAUGACUUCUCGUUUCUCUGUUCUGUGUUUUGCUCUCUCGGUUCCUUCCUGUGCUUCAGCUGACACCCUCAGUGUGUUUCUGCAGCUCUCAGUAUGACACGUUCCCUCAGUCUCCCAGCAUGUGGUCCUGCAUGCUUAUACUGAAGGAGCCGUGACAUUUGUGUCACUACAUGCUAGCAGUUACAGACAUGUUAUUUGUUUCCACGUUUCAAAGAUCAAAGUGUUGUUAGAACGUCUCACGUCUGUGUGAAACAGACAGUGCAGGUGACCUGACAGCGCACGCUAGCAUUAAUGAUGCCCACAGACCACAUAUGAUAGCAAGUCAGGAGCAUAUGUGAUGUGUUAGCUUCCAUAUCUAGUUCACUUACGUCAGCUGCACAGGCUCGGCUAAGGUUGGGACACUGCGACUAAGCCCUGUGGAUACGUCUUCACAUAUGCGCUGACAGAACCUCUGGACAGAUGUGCAGCCCCACUGAGCAUGCUGUAGUUCUGAGCAGCGUUUGGAACA